CGGGAAUUGGGAGCAAUAAUUUAUUUUUGGUGUUCGAUGCGUCGAAUUAAAUUUCUCCGGCUUUCCAAUAGCGGACCUACACUGCUCGAGUCCAUCGACUAUUGAGAGAAAGUAGACCGUCUGAUGGGGUAAGCUUCCUGGAAGAAGACACUCAAGGGCAGCUUCGAAGGCGGCCCAGCCCCUACUGCCCUAGCCAUAGGGAAGCGAAGUUGCUGCCAGAUUCCGGAUGAAGUAUUCACUCAGUGGACCAUUGGGAAAACAAUGGCCCGGCUGGCUGCGCUGAUGCGCUAUUUCAUCUUCUACGUGCACCUGUCCGCACUCGUCACUGAACUGCAAGCCGCGGACUGCAAGUGGCCGCUCGACAAGCUCGUUGUCGACUUUCACUUCUCGCCUACUGAUCUCUCUGAAUCGGCAGCACAGCGGCCUCUCAGCCUGUCGCUGACUGUGAGAGGACAGGUGUACGGCGACGUGACCUGGGCGUCUCCGUCGCGCAUUCUCACCGACGACGACAUCGACAUGCUGCAGGUCACGACUCGUCCCAGCGAGCCGUGCUUCAAGUCCUGGCUGGUCACCAUCAAGGGUGGGACAGAGGUGGCCUCGGACCCCUUUCAGCAUUGGAACGUGACCGUCUAUCGAGACAGUGCCCGUACGGUGGCGCGCACCUUCCGCACAUCCGGCACAAUGCGUCUGUUUGAUGCAGUCCACGAUCUGUGCAACUCGACGCUCCCGAGGUUCAGAUGCGAGAACAAGGGUGUUUGUUACAACGCCGACACAAAACCCCGGGAGCCAGCUGAAGUGAAAGCACUGUGGGGCUCUUUUCCACGUCAGAAUCCGCUGGUACACUGCAGCUGCCCGCCAGGAUUUCAUGGAGAUCGCUGCGAGAUCGCCUGCAACCAGCAAGUCCAGCCGGCACAGUCCGGAGUGGUAACAAUUACAGUCAAUACCAGUUGUCCGCUGAACUACACCGACCCAGACAACCUGCUCGUCGCCGCCGGGGCCACAGGUCCCGGCGGCGGCCAGGCAAGCUGCCCGAGCGUGGCGCCUGGCGGGGCGUUUCAGCUGUACAUGGGCAGUGUGGCACAGAGCGAUGCCGGUAUGGUUACCUGCGGCGGGCACUCGUAUAACGUCAUCGUGCAAUAUCCGCAGAGCUACGACCUUACCUCUUCUCCCCUGGCCUGCCUCCAUAACAAACCCCAAUGGGCCCCCUGCCAGCUAGGUCAAUGUGUCCAAGUCAGCUGGACCGACCCCCAUUUGGUAACGUGUCCACUGAAGCAAAGUAAUCCACCAGGAAGUUUGACCUGGACGGUUGCAGACCCUGCCAAAGGUGGUUGCUUCAACUCAACUACAAACCUGAUAUCGUCGAACCCGUGCAAUUGGCCCAGAGGUGCAUAUCGAUCCUACCCGACGGCAGAGGCUAUUAAGGAUGCGUGUGACAGCUCUGGCGACCCUGGCGUCUGUGACCCUGAUCCGUGCUUGCUCGCCCUUAACAAAUCCAGUAAGAGCACGGCUACUCGAAAUGUAACCAGUGAAACGACAGGCUGGAAUGACUUGGGUGUCGGCUGCCAAGCAUUCUCCGCUUGUUACCGUUGCACGCUGACGUCAAUGUUCGGAUCACUCAGCUACGACGUGACCUACAGCAGACAAAAAAACCCAUGCUCCAGGUAUACUACCAGGACGUUCAAGUUUCAAACCGGAGGAUCAACAAUCUCCAACGCCAGUUUUGUACGGUGCGGCAUUGUUGAAGGGUCCGCCUGCCCUCAAGCUCCGGGCGGGGUGCUACCAGCAUACCAAGUCAUUGAGCGAGCAAAUGGCUCACUGGUCAGCUUGACAGUCAGCCUUUUGGUGAAUGAGAUGGAUCCUCAGGAAAUUGGCAUAGUGUGGUAUCGAACUGGACAGCAGGAUCAAUAUACAGACAACCCGGAAUUUCACCAGCCUGGUGGUUCACCUUGCUACAUAUCCUUGACAUGGACAUUCACGGCAAACAACCGGACUGCUGGAAACUAUUCAGUGCAGUUUGCUCACGAGCACUACCAUACUGUGCAGCUCCGUCAAAUCAUGGAGCUUAAAGUCCCAGAGCACGGAUGCUCUCUAAAAACAUUCAAGUUUGAAACCGGAGGAUCGGCAAUCUCCAACGCCAGUUUUGUACGGUGCGGCAUUGUCGAAGGGUCCGACUGCCCUCAAGCUCAGGGCGGGGUGCUACCCGCAUACCAAGUCAUAGAGCGAGCAAAUGGCUCGCAGUCGCCGGUCGAGCUGACAGUGAGCAUUCUGGCGGCGUUUGAUGAUAUUGUCAUACUUUGGUAUCUAAAUGGAGUGGAGAUGCCUUCAGACCCCGCAACCUUUUUUGUGCCAAAGGAAUCUGAUGGUCUUGUACGUUGCUACAUAGUGUCCACACUGAUUUUCAGCGCAAGCGACCUGACUGCUGGAAACUAUUCAGUGAGGUUUUCUCGGGACAACUCACUUGUGAAUCUGAGUCAGAUCAUGGAGCUGAAACUUACACAUCCAGGAGAAGGCCCAGCUACAACAGCAGGUCCUCCUACGAAUUCCACUCCACAGGUCACACCAGAUUCGAACACGGCUCGCGUCAUAGUCAUCGCGUCAAGCGCUGGUGGGGGCGCACUACUUUUCAUCGUUGUUAUCGUAUCCGUCUGUGUGUGCAGGCGCAAGAGAGCGGCAUCCCGUGGACUUACAAUUACUGAUGGUGGCUCAGAUUACCUGCACAAAUCCGUGACUUGGAGACAACUGUCCCAUCUCGCUGAGUUCUUGUCAGUCGACUGGCAGCAUUUCGUCGCUGACCUUGGAUUGGAGGAGUACCAGAUCAGGACGUGCAUAGGGGAAUACCCUCAAAGCAUCAAUGAGCAGGCAAGAAAGGCGCUGCGAAUCUGGUUCCAGGGCAUCUCCAGCGACGCCUCCCAGACCUGGACGGUGAGCAAACUCAUGGACCGACUACACGAGAACAAUUUGCAAAGCGUUGCCGACAACUGGAAGAUGCGGAUUGGUGGAGGCAAGAACGAUCAACAAGGUUCGUCGGCAACUAGGCCAUUAGGUGUGAAUGCUGACAAAGAGCGCUCAAUGGAUGACAACGGCUCCAUAUUGCAGAGACUACUGGAUGUGGACAACUAUGACUCCGGAAAUGGCUCACCGCUUGCCCUCUCAUGCGGUAAGUGAUAGGUGAUUCUGAAAACACCAGCACACGCCACACUGCCCUAUGUACGCGUACAGUACUACACUGCGCUGCACUGCCAUACUACACUGCACUGCCAUACUACACUGCACUGCCAUACUACACUGCACUGCCAUACUGUACUUUACUAAGUAUGUGCAGUGCAUGCACAAACAAUGGAGGCUGUCUAUGUG